GUGUGUGUGUGUGUGUGUGUGUGUGUGUGUGUGUGAAUGAAUUAAUGUUUUAUUAUCUCUUUUUAUAUGCUCUCCCUUUUUCAAUGCACUGUUUUAGAUGGCACUUAAAAUUUCAUUGUACUUGGUACAAUGACAACAACAAUAAAAACUAAACUAAUUCAAACGACAGUCCAUCCAUCCAUUCAUCCAUCCAUCCAUCUAUCUUAUCCUGGGGUGAGAGUAGCUCUGAAGUGGUAUAUAAUAUUUUAUUUCAUUUUAAUAUUUAAGUACUGCACUUGGAUGUAAAUGCAGGAAGGCAGCUCUCUAACCUAUACUCUUGUGCAGGUGAGUAUUUUAAAAUGCAUUACACUGUGCACCAAAACUCCAUACCAUGACUUAAAGAGUUAUUCUCUUGUAUGGACAACCUUCUCCAAACUAUCCUAGUUAUGCCAGGAAGGCCACAUGCCUUUGGUCAGUAAGAAUAGCUACAAUGGGACUCAUGUUUUGUCCGUCAUGGGAGCAGUUGCCACUGGACUUUGGGAAAGGCUGGUCAGGCACCUGGGCUUCACUUUCCCAGAGCCAUGGACGCUGCCUGAUAAACUUUCCUUGAAUCAGCAGUGCUCUUCUGCUUGAGGUGGUCAUUGAUGGUGGACCUGAGGGCAACCCCGAUGGAUCCUAGUGAGCAUCUCUCUUGCCCUCGGAGUUCAGCCUAAUUGCAGUCCGCCUCUUUUGGAUGGGAUGGUUCGUCGCCUUGAGGGGUUUCAACAAAAUGGAAAAGCCAAGCGUCAUCGAGCUGGUCUUCGUCACCUUAAUCGGCAGCGUGACCGUCACAGGAAAGCUGUGGCUGGUGUUGAUGGUCCUGCUCAGGGUUCUGGUCCUCCUGUUCGCUGGGUACCCUCUCUACAUAGACGAGCAGUACCAGUUUUCCUGCAACACCAUCCAGCCGGGCUGCGCUGGUGUCUGCUACGACACCUACUGCCCAGUCUCUGUUCUCCGCUUCUGGGUGGUUCAGCUGACAGCGCUGUGUCUCCCUGGUGCUGCCUUUGUCGUUUACGUCGUCCAUGUGGUGGUGUCGGAGCGCAGUGCCCGAGCCUCAUCCGCUUCCUCUGCCGAUGCUGUGAGGGUCCGCGGUUUCACAGCAGUGUACUUGUUCCACCUGUUGCUGAGCACCCUGCUCGAAGCAGCCUUUGGAGUGGCCCAGGGCUUCCUGUUCGGCUUCCAUGUUCCCCGCAGGGUCCUGUGCUACGAGCUGCCUUGCACCACGACUGUAGACUGCUAUGUCUCCCGCGCCACUGAGAAAACGAUCCUGCUGCGCUUCAUGCAGGCGGUUGGUGCCGUUUCCUUCCUGCUCAAUGUUGUUGACCUGGUCUGCACCACCAAGCUCUUGGCGACCCAGAAGAUGAAGAGGAAGAGGGUAGCGCUGAUGAGGCUUUACAAGGAAGAGCAGAGCUACGUCUCAGCAGGUGGUGAGGAGCUAGAUGUCCACCUCCCGUUGACCUUGGAAAUGGAAGGAUCCCCUGCUUUCAGCCGGGCCAAGGUCAAUGAAUCUGGUCUGGCUGAAGGCCCCAUCAUGCAGCCGGAGGGGAUGGACCCAUCGCCGUUACCCGGAAAUCAACAGUGUGGCACAGCUCAGCCGCGGGUCCGAGAGGAUGAGGUGGAACAGACAGGCAGUGAGGCGUGUCUGUGCCCUGCCGCUCCCACCAGCACACGACACCCCCUCAAGGUAUCCAAGCGCAGUCGUUUUAGACCCCCCCCACCCCCGCGCCGGGACUCAUUAGCCAGGGCUUUCGGUCCUAAGGGGGUGGGACACCACACACUGGUGGAGGUGGCCCCCGACCUCCAGACCAGCGGCCCCGAGAUGUUGGAGAAGAAGUCUGCAUGGGUGUAA